CUGUUUCCGAUCCAACCUCGAACAAUUCCGACCUCGUCUUCAAAAUGGCUGCUGCAAACCCAGCAUUUUGUGGUGAAAAAUCACCCGAAAAACUGAUGGAUUCUGACAAAAGAGGAGAGAAAAGAAGUGUGGAAAAGCUCCAAGAAGGUGAGCAAGGUAAAGAUGAGAAUGUUCAUUCGGCGAAUGCGUGGGAGCAGGCCAACCUCGGAGAUGAUGACAGGAAACAGAAGUUCCUCAGGCUUAUGGGUGCAGGCAAGAAGCAGCACUCUGGUAGAUUCGUUAUUGGGGACACCAAAACUGUGCACACUAAAGCUGUUGAUAGUGAGAAGAAAGUGAGGGAGAUUGAAGAGCAGUACAAUGAGGGAAUGGAACACAAGUUGGUCAGUCCACGUCACGCUGGCUUAGGAUUCCAUGAUGUGGGUGCAUCAGUUGGGAAGACCACUGACAGUGUUUCUAAUCCAGACAAUGAGAAAACGAAAACAAUUGAUGAGAAGAAAGAUUCAAAGGAGGAUGGUCAAGUUGGAUCAACAGAGAUAGCUAAGAAGGAAUCGGAAAAAGAAAGUGUUUCGGAGAAAGAUGAGAAGCUAGCUGGAAUUAAGAAGCUCUCGUUCGUGAAAGGGAGCAGUUGAUGUGCUCUUAUUAACUCUUAAAUGAGACCUUGCAUUUAUGACAGUACAGUAGAACCUCUCUAUUAAGUACACCCUCGGGACUGACGUGCUGUCCUUAAUAGAGCGGUGGCCUGAUUAGAGAGGUCAAAUUAAAUGGAAACCACCACUUUUGGACCAAAACUAGUGUCCUCAAUAGAGAGGUUGCCCUUGAUAGAGAGGUGUCCGCUUAGGGAGGUUCCACUGGAGGUGAUAUCCCCAUGAAAAAAAUAUAACUCAUGUGGCGAGUGAGGGAUAAAUACACUUCAUUGUUCCAGUACGAUAUUUGACACAAUCAUGACCUCAUGAAGUUUAGAUUUAAAUGUUUUUGGGUGCAGUAGAACCUCUCUAGUAAGAACACCCUCAGGACUGACAAGUGUUGUCCUUAAUAGAGAGGUGUCCUGAUUAGAGAGGUCAAUUUGCAUAGAAACAACCAAUUUGGGACCAAAACUAGUGUCCUU